AUGAAAGCGUAUGUGCUACGGUUGUAUGCUGUUUACUAUACAACGCAAUCAGUUCGGACAAAAGUUCGAUAUAACAGAGCUAAAAAUCAACAGAUGACAUCUUCAACGACUGUGAUAGUAAGGAAUGAUGGGAGAAAAUUCGCAGUAUGUGAUAGCUUCGUAGAAUUUAUGGUCCGAAAGCAUCAGGAGGAGUUGCAACGAUUGUCUGCGCUUAUUAGAGAAGAAGCAAUUCAGCGACACAACAGUUAUUUGCAGACCCUCCAGUAUCGGAAUAGUAUCGUUGUGGGUUUACGUCGAGUCUUGGCACGUAAUCGCGGCCAGUAUCUUGUGCCCGUAGGUUCAACUGCUUCAGGACUUGCUAGUGGUAUAUCGGAUAUUGAUUUGGUUUAUCUAUCAACGACCGAUGAAAAACAACGCGAAACACUAUUGCGGUUACUUUCUAAGGAAAAUUAUAGGAGAACAUUCAUGACAGAAGUGAAAACUAGAAUCGAAGAAUCUUCUCUAUGUAAAGAGUUCGACUGGUCUCAAACAGAUAUUAUUCACACUGCUCGGGUGCCAAUUCUUCAUUUACAAACACAGAAACAUAUGCAAGUUGAUAUUCAGUUCGAGAAAUAUGCAUCAAUUAGAAAUACCUGCUUUGUUCGACAUUGUGCUCAGUAUGACAAACGGGUGGCUUUGCUGAACAUGUGGGCACAAAAAUGGCUAGAAUCGCAGCGAUUGAAGGACAGCAAACAUGGUUUAUUUUCUACCUAUCAUGUAUUGAUGUUGGUUCUACAUUUUUUGCAAUGCACUGGUUCUUACGGUAUUCAACCGAUUUUACCAAUUAUGUGCAAAAAAUUCAGAGGAAACUUGAGGCCCACCUUACCAAUCCAACGAGCAGCAGUAUCUUUAUAUGAGAGACCUAAAGAUUUAGAUUUCAACGAAAAACAAGAACCAGAUGUGGCAGAAUUAAUAUUGCUAUUUGUCAGUCAUUAUGCAAAGUAUGAUUUCAAUCAUAUCAGUUUUCAUCUAAACAAUGCUUCUAUUACCGAAAAGAACCAAUUCGGUAAUGAAUAUGAACAACAUCAAGUUUCGAUAUUUGAUCCAUACGCUUCAACCACAAUUUGUCGCGUCAAAGGAGGAGCAGAUCUGUUAACAUAUGCUUUUCAAACUACCAAAAAAGCUAUGCUUGCUGGUCAUUGUCUUAAUUGGCCGAUUUCUAUGAAGUAA